AUGACGACAUCGAAAGAAUGGCAGAAGAUGCUUAAUGGCGAGCUCUACAUUCCUUGGGAUGCAGACCUUCAGGCCAAUCGGCAACGCUGCAAAGAAGCAUGCGACAGGUUCAAUCAUGCUGGGAAAGUCGCUCGGCGUCGCAGGGUGGAGCUAUGGCGGGACAUCCUAGGUGAUACGCGCCCUCUGCCUCCAGUCCACCCCGAUCCUCAGGAGGAUGAGAAGCUUUUUGACGAUACAGAUCCCUAUGUGGACCCUCCCAUCUCGGUGGAUCACGGCUUGAACUUCAGGGUCGGCAAAAAAACCUUUCUGAACUACAACCUUCAUGUCCUGGAUACAUGUCUCGUGACAAUUGGUGAAAGGGUGCUUACCGGUCCGAAUCUUUGUAUCUACGGGGCUACCCAUCCCCUGGACCCGGCUGUGCGACGGGGUAUAGAGGGUCCAGAAGCCGGCAAGGAAGUGCAUAUCGAAGACGAUGUCUGGAUAGGAGGCAGUGUAAUCAUCUUAGCCGGGAGCGUUCCUCCCUUCCAUUUUGUUGCCGGAAACCCAGCCCGCAUCAUUCGCCGGAUCGAAACGAGUAUGGAUCCCGAUCAGCGCAAAGAAAGUCAACCCGAGUGA